AUGAUUAAACCUAAGACUUAUGAUUCAGAACUUUUAGCAGGUUUAGAAUGGAAUUUAGAAAAAUUUUUAGAAAAUCAAGAACCAAUUUUAGUUCCUCAAGAAACUAUUACAUAUAAAGAUUUAUAUGGAAGAACUAGUUUAAGGUUUGGAACUAAUAUAGAAGAAAAUGAUAAUAUAACAGAAAUAUCAGAAAAUAGUAACUAUAAGGAAUUAGUAGAUGAAGUAAUGCAAACUAAAACAGAACCAGAACCAUAUCAAUAUCAUAGUGGUCAUCCUCCUAGAAUACCUUAUACAAAUUAUAAUGAUAAAGAAAGAAACUAUAUAGCUAGAGGAAAAGUUAGACCUUUAGAACCUAAAAUAGAAUUUCAGACACCUUAUAAACCACAAUUAUUAAAUAUUACAGCACAUGAUCCUCAGACUUGGAAUAAUAUAAUAGAAGUUUGGAAGAAUACGGUAUUAGGUCAUUAUAUUAGAUUAGCAGAUAAUAUGGAACCAUUAGAAAUGUAUAGAUAUUUAGAAACUUUUUUAGGAGAAAGAGCAGAUCCUAAUACAGGACAAUUAAUAAUUCAAAAUAAAGCUAUUAGAAAUUUAGAACAGCUUAGCUUAAAUAGAUGGACUAAUGUUAAUAGAAAAUCUGGAUUACAUAUUACAGCACAUGAUCCUCAGACUUGGAAUAAUAUUAUAGAAGUUUGGAAGAAUACAAUAAUAGGACAUUAUAUUAGAUUAUCAGAUAAUAUGGAAACAUUAGAAAUAUGGAUCAUUCCUGUAGGGCGGGUUCAGGGCCAGGUGAGCGGGGGCAUCCUCACCCCACCUCACCCCAUGACCCUGCGACAGGGUGCCUACUCCGUCUCCACCAAUCCUUUCAGGCGGACUAAGGGGGGAACUGCAUGUCCUACUAGUCGGAUAGAAGCCUACCCACCUACCAGACUUCUCACACGGCUAUAUGAUCAAAUAUCAGUUACUAUCCCUAAUUUCCAUAGAAUUUUGCUAUUUGUAAUCGGAUGUUGGCACGCCCGGACACAUAUAGCACCUCUCAUUUCCAUAUCCUCUAUUUCACUUGACCUUGGGUGUAACAAAACUAAUGGCCCGGCCCAGUUAACUGCAAAAAAUCUUUUCAUUAUCCGAUUCUCUUUGGAACCAAAGCAGCACACUCUCUCUCACACAAUAACACUGCAGAAAAUGGCUUGUGCAACAGCAGCGGUAUCUUUGCAAUUCUCAUCUUCACUUAUCAACAAUGAAGCUAAACUAUCUUCUUCCCAUGCUUCUCUCAUGGGAGCCCCGCUUACCUCACACCACUCCUUUUCUCUCUACAAUAAAGGAUCAAACUUUACAAGGCAGCUUGUCAUUUAUGCGAAAAGGGUAUCGGGUUUGGAGGAGGCCAUCAGAAUCAGAAGGGAACGCGAGCUUCGAACUUCAACAUCAUCUAGCAGAAGGCCUCCCUUGAGACGUGGAAAGGUAUCACAGCAGCUUCCUGUGCCUGAUCAUAUACCACAACCUCCUUAUGUAAGCUCAAAGUUAUUGCCAGAAAUCUCAAGUCAACAUCAAAUUCAUGAUCCUGAAGGAAUUGCUCGCAUGAGGGCUGCUUGCGAGCUUGCUGCUCGGGUGGUAGACUAUGCUGGAACACUUGUUAGGCCAUCAAUAACAACGAAUGAAAUCGAUAUAGCUGUACACCAAAUGAUCGUAGAUGCUGGUGCUUAUCCGUCGCCUCUUGGCUAUGGAGGUUUUCCAAAAAGUGUUUGCACAUCAGUUAAUGAGUGUAUGUGCCAUGGGAUACCCGAUUCUCGCCAACUACAGGAUGGCGAUAUAAUAAACAUUGAUGUGACAGUUUACUUAAAUGGUUAUCAUGGAGACACAUCUAAGACUUUUCUUUGCGGCAAUGUGAAUGAUGCCAUGAAACGUCUUGUAAAGGUGACAGAAGAAUGCUUGUAUAAAGGCAUUUCUGUUUGCAAAGAUGGUACUCUUUUUAGGAAAAUUGGGAAGAGGAUCAGCGAACAUGCUGAAAAAUUUGGUUACGGCGUGGUGGAUCGUUUUGUUGGACAUGGCAUUGGGACCGUAUUUCAUUCUGAACCUCUUAUAUUUCACCACCGCAAUGACAAGGCUGGUCAUAUGGUUGAAGGGCAAACAUUUACCAUUGAACCAAUUCUUACCUUGGGAAGCACGAAAUGUACUACAUGGGAGGACAAUUGGACAACUUUAACAGCCGAUGGCAGUCCUGCUGCACAGUUCGAGCAUACAAUUUUGAUCACAAGAACUGGCGCCGAAAUUUUAACGACAUAUUGAAGAAAUCGAUUCAUAUUCUUCCAGUUUUUUUGGAAUGUACAGAGUGAUGGUUGCAUUUUUCACUUUGGAAUUCUUCUCCAAAACUAUUCCAGAUGGACGGGAUGUUUUCAAAGAGACAAAUGGCAUCUAUGUAGACAAGAGAAGUGCAAUUAUUAUGGUUUUGCCGUGUUACCUUACUUGUCAUGUGUUAUAACUACAAAAACUGUUCUGUAAGGCAGCAAUCUGUAACAUUUUUGGACCCACAAAAUAGUAUACCGGCUGCUAUGUAAGCAAUGCAAAAGAAAGUUGUUCUAAUUAACGUUGUAUAUAGUUUCUUUGUUGUGCUUUCAACUAUAA